CUUUGGGAGUAACAUCUCUUAUGCUCAACAACCUUGUGGUUUCGUGUGGAACUUAGUCCAGUUGUCAUUUUUACGUUUUAUAGGUUAUGUUGUUGUUGUAAUAUGAACGAAAAUAUUUUUUUUAAAGUUCUCUUACAAUAAACCUGUGAUUAAUUAAUAAAUAAUGUCUCCAUUAGAAAGUCCUGUUAAGGAAUUGGACGAGAAAUUCUUAGAAGCUGUAGGUAAAUUUGUGGCUAACGUAAAAAAUGGGAAGAUAGACGGUUCACACAACAUAGCUGUAGCAACAGUGACCCUGCUGGAGCAGAUAAUCAGUGACUCGCCCCACGCUACAGCAUAUGAGCUGAGCGGCACGCUGCGUGCGGUGGGGCGGCAUCUGCGGGACGCGUUGCCGCUGCAGCUGGUGGCGGGCAACAUGGUCCGCCGCGUGCUGCGCGCCGUGCGCGACGAGGCGCGCGCCGCCGCCAACCAGGACGGUGAGGGUGCAGGCGAGAGUCUGCAGCGCUUAGUGCUGGCGGCUCCGUCGCGCCGCGCCACCUUCGGCCCCGACCACCAGGACCUGCGGGAACCCCUGCGAGACCACAUCGCUGAGCUGCGCGCGGAGCUGGAGUCGACGGUGUCGAGCGUGUGUGCGCAGGCGCGUGCGCACGUGCGCGCGGAGCUGGUGCUGGCGCGCGGCGGCGGCGCGGCGGGCGCGGCGCUGCUCGAGCGGUUCCUGCGCCUCGCCGCGCACGACAAGUACACGCUGCUGCUCGCCGAGUCCACCGACGUGCACGAGAGUCACGCGAUGGCGAGCCGGCUGGCGGCGGCGGGAGUGCCGGUCACGGUGAUCCCCACGGCCGCCGUGUACGCCGUCAUGUCGCGCGUCAACAAGGUGGUGGUGAGCGUGAGCGCGGCGCUGGGCGGCGGCGCGGCGCUCGGCGAGGCGGGGCUGCUCGCCGUCACCUCCGCCGCCAAGUACCACAACGUGCCCGUGCUGUCGCUGUGUCCGCUGUACCUGCUGUCGCCGCUGCACACCGGCGAGCACACGCCGCGCGGCAUCCCGCACGCCUCGCACCAGGCGCUGCCCUACGAGUUCUGUGAGCGAGAGGAGGCGCGCGUGCUGGCGCCGCGGUACGACUUCGUGCCGCCCGACCACACCACGCUCUUCAUCACCAACCUCGGCGGCAGCUCUCCGUCGUACAUGUAUCGGCUGAUGUCGGAGCUGUACGACCCGAAGGACUACAACCUAAGUGGUGAUAUUGUGAGAGUGGUAGCGUGCGGGCGUGGUGUAAGGCGCGCUAGUGCGCGGAUCGAUACCGAGGGGUGGCAUGGCGCAGCGGGCAUGAGCCAAGGGGGCUCUCGGAGGCCGUACUCGCGCGGCGGCCCGCGCUGGCACCCGCGCUACAAGGACUACUGGGACUACGAGCAGAACUACAGCGAUGGCAGCAGCGCCGGCAGCCCGAAGGAGGCGUGCGUGGCGCAGUCACCGCCGCCCGCGCCCGCCGCCCCCGCCAAGCGCGACGUGCGGCCCGCGCACCACGCGCAACAUCACGCGCAACACCACGUGCCGCUCCAUAACCACCACGACCAGCGGCGGCUGAGCAUCGGUGGCGGAGCGGGCGGGUCGCGCCGCGCCGAGCGCCGCCCCGCCGCGCCGCCCGACCGACGCCGACCAGACGUGCGCGGCAGCCCCGGCGCCGGCCCCUCCGCCGAGCCGCACGCGCCGCACCCGCCGCACGGACCGCACGCGCCGCAUCUCGUGCACCCACACCAUCACAUGGACACGAACCCGCUGGAGGGCUCGGUGGGCGGCGUGGAGUCGCUGGUGAGCGGCGCGGGCUCCUCCGACGGCGAGAUCUCCUCCAAGGCCGGCGACAGCCCCAGCAGGAAGCGACGCCGCAUCUCCAGGCAUCUCUCAUCAGGCGAGAGCAACGUGUCGGUGUCGGCGCCGGCGGUGGAGCGCCGCACGCCGCGACACCACUACCAGCCGCCGCGGCGGAUGCGGUACGUGGGUUCGGCGGGGGUGUGGACUCACGAGCGGCUACUGGAACAGCACGCGCACGCGCAUGCACACACGCCGCACGUGCCACACGUGCAGCAUCACCACGCGCCGCUGCUGCUCGACAUUAAUCAGAUGUCUCUCCGCGGCGCGCGGCUGGGCGCGCUGGGCGGCGGCGUAUCGUGGCCGCACGCGCACGCGCAUGCGCACCGCGACCACGCGCCGCACGCACAUGCGCACGCGCCGCACGCUCAACACGCGCAGCGCACGCAGAUGGGCGGCGUGUACGCGGGCGUGCAGUACGCCGCGCCGCCGCCGCGCGGACCCUUCGCCUCGCCGCAGCAUCCGCACACACACUACCUCGCCCCCUCGCAGCGCGCGGAAGGCGGGCGGCUGGACAUGCUGGGCGGCGGCGAGGGCGCGCUGUCGCCGCUGCAGCCGCCCGACCUGCACCACGCCUCGCUGCUGCUUGCCACCGAGGCGCGCGGCGCUCCCCUGGACCUGAUGGCGACGCACCACGCCCACCACGCGCACCACGCGCACCACGCGCGCCACGCGCUUCCGCACCACCAGCACCGGCGCGGCGUCGGCGGCGUGGGCGGCGUCGGCGUCGGCGUGGUGGGCUCCUCCCGCGCCGCGCGCCCCUACGUGCGCCACGCGCCGCGCUGGCCGCACCACGCCGUGCACCACGUGCACGCGCAGGGCGGCGGAGGGCUGGUGUCGGCGGCGUUGCCGGCGCAUGUGCAGGCGCAGUUGCACGUGGCGCAGCCGCUGUCGCUGCCGCCGCCACCUCCUACGUACCAGGUGUUCCUGAACCUGCUGGCCAUGUUCCCGCUGUCGCCGUACGGCGAGGCGCGCGGUGACGAGGCGCCGGACUCGCCCGAGACCGAGAACUACGAGGCGCUGCUCUCGCUCGCGGAGCGCCUCGGCGAGGCCAAGCCGCGAGGCCUCGCGCGCCAGGAGAUCGACCAGCUGCCCAGCUACAAGUACUCGCCGCAGACACACCAGGGUGAGCAGACGUCGUGCGUGGUGUGCAUGUGCGAGUUCGAGGCGCGGCAGACGCUGCGCGUGUUGCCGUGUGCGCAUGAGUUCCACGCCAAGUGCGUCGACAAGUGGCUGCGGUCGAACCGGACGUGUCCCAUCUGUCGGGGGAACGCGUCGGAGUACUUCAACAACUCGGAGUGACGUCACCAGUCGACGCGUCGAUCCGACGCCACACUGCGUUUGCCAAAAUAUCAAUGUUUUCUAUACGAGUAAUUAAUGAUAGUUGUUAAUAUGCUUUAAUGCGCCGCGCGACGUCUCGUUCGACGUGCGUGCCCGCUGACGUCAUAGGCGUUCAUCGCGCAAGCCCGCUCCGGACCUGACGCUGUUAAAUCUCCGACGAAAUUUUAUUUAUCAGAUUUCAUCGUCUGUAUUAUUCAAAUUAAUUGAAAAUCCUGUGAAAUACCGGUGAAGAAAUCUGUCGAUCAGCAGAGGUGCGCAUGCGUGCGUGAGUCGCGCGGCGCGCGUGGUCUCCAGUCUCCACUCGCAGUUACCGUCAGAGCCGCGACCCGCUCGAGUCCGCGUCGAACUCUCCUAACGUGUUGUUAUUGUUAGUUGGUCGCACGUUGUUCUCGCCGCGCCGGUGUUAUGUUUGCGGCCUUAGUGUGUGUGUGCGUGUGUGCUCUCUGUGUACAUAUACGUAUAGAAUCGAGUGUGUGUGCGUGCUGUGUGUAUGUGUAUGUGCGCGCGUGCUGUGUGGUUGUGUACGUGUGAGCGUGACGUCACCGACAGCGCGGCGUUGUAUGUGCCCGCGCAUGCGACGUCCCGCAACGGCGACAGUUUUGUCUGUACAUAAUACAUUGUUUCUGUUAUGAUGAGUUGUUUGCAUGUCGAGUCGCAGGUACUGCCGCGGCGGGUUCCUUUACCGACGAUAUCGCCUUUAAGAUCUGGUCGUGCAGCCGCGCAGGAGUCGCCGGAGAUUGAUCACGGUGCCUGCGCGGCUCGCCGUAGCCAGAGCAUUGCGUGCGUCAGAAUGAGACAGAGCAUGGUGCGCGGACAGAGACGAGGCGCGGCGCCGCCACGGCGCACUGUUCCGUUGUGUUUGACUAAAUUAGGUUUAAUUUUAUUAUUUCGGAUUACGAUUUAGUUUUGUUUAAAUUGUUAAUGUUGUGUAUGUGCGUGUAAGCGCGCCUGUGGUGCGUCCGCGCCGCGUCGUGCCUCCGCGCUGUGUCUAGUGCGUUGUGCUGUGUGUGUGUGUGUGCGUGCACGUGUACGCAUAUGUAUUAUGUACCUGUUUUAAAUUUGAAAUAAACAAAUCCGACACCAAUAAAAGCAAAAAUUAAAAAUAUCGGAGAGCUGCGCACUCGGAAAAGUCACUUAGUGUAAUUAAAGAUGAAAGCAUUCAUGUUGAUUACCCUAUAGCAUGAUUGUUGCAGAACAAAAUUGGCGACGUAAUGCUUCUGGUCGCAUUGAGUGGCAUGAUUAACUUGUGACAUGUCACAUGACUCGCACCGUGUACUUGAGUGCGUACUCGCUGUGACGUGUCGUGCGUACACGAGUGUGUGAAGUGCACGCACAUGCGCACGCGCUUCUGUAAAAUACGAUGUAUCUUGUAAUGGGAAUGCAAUAGCAAUAACUGUACGUAGCGUAGUAUAAGUCGGACGCACGGGGAGUCGCGGCGCAUUGUGGACGCAGCGUCGCGCCUCCCCGCGCUCCUCUCCUUAGUUACUGUUGACACGCGCCCCCGCCCGGCGCGUGUCCGUAGCCGAGUGCCAUGUCGUUUGCUUCCGAACGCCGCGCGCCGCUCGCACGGGAGGGAGGUGGCGGCGCGCGGCGGACCAAGCGCAUUCUUUACCUAUAGUUGAAUGAGGGGCGCGGGGCCGCCGUCACCGACACAGACGAGUUAUACAGACUUGAAGAGUGCCGACUGCAUUUGCGCAGUGCGGCUGCAGACGGGCCGAGCGCCCGUGUCGUCGCCCGGCGGCGGCGGCGGCGGCGGCGGCGGCCCCGCACAGCCUGUAUAUUGGUUGCGUGUACUCGUUUAGUUAUUUUGUAUCGAUUAGUUCUCACUAGCGGUUAUUCUAACGUGCAUUUGUUUUAAUUGUUACGACGCACCGCGCGACGCCACGCGCGACGCCACGCGGCUCCACGCGGCCGCGCCACUGCACCACGUGCAAUACAUAUAAAUCUCAACGAUAUUGUAUAAUGUCACGUGAGUAAACACACCUGCAGCUAUCAUAGCGCUGCCAACGCCAUCUAUUCAAACAAACGGAUUAAAAUUCUAAUGUUCUCUACGGGAAAAAAUACUGGGAUAACAAGUACCCAAACGUUUUUAUAAAGUCUAUAAUACUAGUAAGAGGUACUACUAUGAAAAUUACAUACUAUAAAUGAAACAGGAAGAGAGAAAUGGUUUACACACAUUCUGUCUUAGUUGUUUAAUUAAUAAUUAUAAUUCAUUUGAAAUUAUUUAUCUACUUUCGGUGAACUGUGUUAUAACAUUAAUGCAGCUUCGGUUUACUCUGAUUUUAUCAAGUUUAAAGUGAGACCAUAAGUCGUAAAUUAUCUGUUUUAUACUUUGUUUAAUUUGAUAAUAUUUUUGGUUUAGUAUGAGAUAAAGGCGCAGUCUCAGUAACUGAUCACUGUAUUGACGCCUGUGUGUCGGUGUCUGCGGCCAGGCGGGCGCGGUGGCGGCGCGUGGCGUCGCGCGCGGCGGUGGUUAAGGGCUUGUUUUAUUAAUCUUGUGUAUUCGCCUUAGUUUGUUGUCGCUCGAGUGCGCUCGGCUCGCCGGGCUUGCUCACUGAUUAAAGAAUUAUGCUUUAUGUCUGCACUGCACCCGAUGACAGAAUACAAUAUCGAGCAGGAAUAGCCGUUGCGUUCCACGAUGUCACCAGUGUCGUGGGUCCUUCCACUUCUUUAAUCAUUCAUUUCGUCUAUUCACUAAGUCGAGACACUUUUUAUAAAAUGUUAGUAGCUUUUUGUUACAAUUCCGAACCCGUCGUUUUAGUCGAGUUCAUUGCCCGUAAUACAUUUUAUUGAGCAAUUCAAUUGUGACAUGGCCGAUAGAAGACUAACGAAUUCUCCCCGUUUGGUGAGUGGGGAGUGGUGAGCAAGCCCGGGUGUGUCGCGCCGUCGGUGUGGCGAGUGUGGCGCGGCCGGCGCGGCUCGCCGCCAGUCUUCCCCGUAGCGUUAUUCCCGGGCGUCCGCGCCGGCCGGGCGACGACAACUCGCUUCAUCUUAUUAUUUGCAACUCACGUACAUUCGUGGUGGUUUCUCGUUUGUAUAUUCACAGUAAUUAUGUUGCAUAUUAGCCACUUAUAAAUUGCUAUUAUAUUUUGUUAUAUUUCGUAUUAUAAUUAGCGUUGGCGUGUCGCCGUCGCCGACGUCGCCGCGCCGCCGCUAGCUGCACUCUGUAAUAAGUUAAUUAUAAUGAUCAACAGUAAGCAAUAAAUACCCUCGCACGCGCCGCUCGAGUGACGUCAGCUAGCGUCGGCGUGCGUGUGCGUGCGCGCGCGUGUGUGCGCGUGCGUGUGCGUGCGUGCGCGUGCACGUGUGCGCGCUGCUCCUCCGCCUCCUCUUAUUGUGCUCAUUCGUUUAUUACUUUUUAUUUUAUUAAAUGCACUGCUACUGUA